CCAUGCAUCGCGCCGCCUGCCUCCUCCUCACGCUGGUCGCCGUGGCCUUUGGCCUCAACGGCUGGGAGUUCCCUAUCCUAACGGAGGAGUACCUCUCGGCGCCGCUCCAGACAUCGUUCACCUGCGACGGCCGCUCCUACGGCUACUACGCCGACGUCGACAACAACUGCGAGGUGUACCACGUGUGCCUGCCGCUCGAGGACGAUGAGGGCGUCGUCUACCAGACCGCCCACUUCUCCUUCAUCUGCGGCAACCAGACGGUGUUCAACCAGGAGACCCUCACCUGCGCCUCCACGGACCUGUCCUUCCCCUGCGCCGAAGCCCCGUCGCUCUACGACAUUGUCAACGCGGAGUUCGGCAGGGUCCCCGAGCUCGAGAGUUAAGCUCGCCCGCUCGUCACCUACGACAGGUACCUCGUCAUCUCCGGCAGGUGCUUCGCCAGCCGUGACAGGUGCCUCGGCAGACAUGACAGGUGCCCGAUCCUCGACUCCGCCCAUUCCGUCGUCCUUCCUCUCGCCCCCACAGGCCCUAGUUGAUCUAGGCCUACAUGUGUAAUCGCAGUUGAUCUGCCGUGUACAUAAUAAAAUUCCCCGUUACA